AUGGCCGCAUUCCCACUUUUCUCCCUCUCCCGUAUUCCCCUGAAGUGCGUGUUGGAUCAGCUCGAUCACACCACUAUGUAAGUUCCCCUUUCACUCAUUUUCGCUCAGUUCUAGUCUUCUGUUUGCAGACUCGAGAUUGCGAAAGGCUCGAAAACGGCCAAAAGAUGUGUAAGACGUCUCGAGAUGCCCGUCAAACUCUGCUGCGUGUUUAUGGACAUCAACACACGGAUGAGCGUCGCAACUGCAGGCCAAAAAGCGCGGGUUUAUUAUGAUAACCCGGACUGCAGUUGGAGCCCCAAUGAAGUUCGGUGGACAUAUAAGCAAAUGGAGGAAUUGGCGCGAAGAUUGGCCGAGUGUUUCGAAGUGGAGUGCGAUGUCACAAUCGAUUCUUUACUGGACUGCGUCAAGAGCAUCAAGGACCUUUUCGUGUGGAAACACGGAAUCGACUGUCCAUAUAUCGAAGUGCACGAUGCACUGAUGACGGAUGCGGAAUUCGAGUUCCUAUUCGACUACUCGGCGGCGACGCAUGAUAUUCGACCAAUUGGAAGGCAUCUCGUUUUCGAUCGAUUGGGAAGUUGAAGCGCUUCGAUAGACUGUUGGAACGAGUCGAGAUGAUAUACAAAGGGAAGAAUCGUCUGGACUGUCUGCGGUGAGUCUCGAUAAAACGUUGGCCAACCUAAUAAGAGUUGUUUUCAGCAAUGCGCACCGGCGUUCGCUUCAAACACGUCCAACAAAAAGGCACUGGACGUGUGGCAACCGUGUUGUGGGCAAGUGCGGCCUUUUCUUUCACCGUUUGGCCACAAGAUCUAUGCACUCUUUCAAGGUCUUAACUAUUGUUUUAUUUUAGUGACACCAAUAAACAUGUUGAUAUUAUAAAUCUGCCUCCCAACGGAACAACAAUAUGUAUUUCCCUCCUUUGUUUGUCAGAGUACGGUGAGCAAUUCGGUGUCAACACUGCUGCGUACCAGUGUUAAGCGGAAUUUUCGUUCCGUCUUCCGUCUGCCGUCUUCCGGAUUUCAAAAUUCCAUUUCCGCUCAACUCUGAUAUCUGCAGUGCGUUUCAUAAGUAUAGGGCCACCCCUGAAGACACUCUGGAAGCCUCUUAAACUGAUAAACAAGAUCCUGAAUGGGGUUCUUUGCACCUUUAGGAUCUCCAAAAAGCCUUUUUGAAAUCAUGUGCACUGACGCCGACGCCACCUAGGGCCACUCUCCCAGGUUUAGCCUCAUGUUCUGUGUGGAGCUCGGGAGUGGAGCCGGGAGACUCCGAUGAUCUCAAAUGA